GCAUCAAAUCUCUACUUCUCCUUUUUUGUCAACCCUUUUGGAGCUUCUUUUUUUUCUUUUUUCUUUUUUAUAUAUAUAUUUGGAUCUCGCCUCCCUUCCUUCCUUGUAUAUGCCCACACAUUGUUCGCUGAUUUGAAAUCACCCUAAACUCAAACCCAAGGAUUUUAGGGGGACUCUUUCUUGACCUCAGAGCUCUCUCUCUGUCUGUCACUCUUUCUUUUUGAACUACUACUACUCUCUUUUUGUUUCAAUUCGGCGCUGCUUUCUUGGUCUCCUUUUUACAAUCAGGUCAUGUAACUUGUCUAUUCUUGUUCGUAAUCCAUCUGGGUUUCCCACAUUUGCUUCAGUUUUCUCACGAUCUUGACUGAAAGUGGACAAUACAUUCUGUACAACUUAAUUUCUUUUACUAGAAUACCCCAGUCAUGUAAUUAUUGGGAUAAUUGUUUGCUUUAAAGCUCAACGGCUUUGUUAAAAACUUUUUUCCUGAGUGAGAUGAGAGCCUAUUAAAAGAAGGAAGAGUACAACAUUGAACUAAUUAAUAAUAAUAAUAGAGCAGAGCGCUAUGGAAGAGACAUUUGUGCCUUUUCGCGGGAUCAAGAAUGAUCUUAAGGGCAGGUUGUUGUGCUACAAGCAAGAUUGGACUGGUGGCUUCAGAGCUGGCUUCAGGAUUUUGCCUCCUACCACAUAUAUAUUCUUUGCAUCUGCAAUCCCAGUCAUUUCAUUUGGGGAACAACUAGAUAGAAACACUGAAGGAGUAUUAACUGCGGUUCAAACCUUGGCAUCUACUGCAAUUUGUGGGAUUAUUCACUCCAUUAUAGGAGGGCAACCUUUACUGAUUUUGGGAGUUGCAGAGCCCACUGUACUAAUGUAUACAUUCAUGUUUAACUUUGCCAAAGAGAGACCAGAUUUGGGUCACAAACUGUUUCUUCCAUGGACUGGAUGGGUGUGCGUGUGGACUGCGAUCUUGCUGUUCUUACUGGCUAUCUUAGGAGCUUGCUCCAUUAUCAACAGAUUUACUCGUGUGGCUGGAGAACUCUUUGGUUUGCUCAUUGCCAUGCUCUUCAUGCAGCAAGCAGUCAAAGGACUUGUGGAUGAGUUUCGCAUACCACAGCGAGAAAAUCCAAAACUGAUUGAAUUCAUACCUUCGUGGAGGUUUGCAAAUGGGAUGUUUGCGUUGGUUCUGUCAUUCGGUCUUUUGCUAACUGGAUUAAGAAGCCGAAAAGCAAGGACAUGGCGUUAUGGGAGUGGUUGGCUUCGAAGCUUUGUAGCAGACUAUGGUGUGCCACUUAUGGUUAUAAUCUGGACAGCCGUUUCCUACAUUCCAUCUGGAAAUGUUCCUAAAGGAAUCCCACGACGUCUCUUCAGCCCAAAUCCAUGGUCGCCUGGUGCAUAUGCGAAUUGGACAGUUAUUAAGGACAUGCUCGACGUACCCAUUAUCUACAUAUUUGGAGCUUUUAUUCCUGCUACGAUGAUUGCAGUACUUUACUAUUUUGACCAUAGCGUGGCAUCUCAACUUGCUCAGCAGAAAGAAUUCAAUCUGAGAAAGCCGCCUUCUUUCCAUUAUGACUUGCUUCUUUUGGGGUUCUUGACAUUAAUGUGCGGCCUGCUUGGAAUCCCUCCCUCAAAUGGCGUGAUCCCACAAUCCCCAAUGCAUACAAAGAGUCUGGCAACUCUUAAACACCAGUUGCUUCGGAAUCGACUGGUUGCGACAGCACGCCAAAGUAUGAGAAAGAACUCAAGCUUGGGACAAUUGUAUGGGAAUAUGCAAGAAGCCUAUCAACAAAUGCAGACCCCUCUGAUUUACCAGGAGCCCUCGGCUCGGGGGCUGAAUGAAUUAAAAGAAUCAACAAUUCAACUAGCUUCAAGCAUGGGGAAUAUUGAUGCCCCAGUUGAUGAGACAGUUUUUGAUGUUGAGAAGGAGAUUGAUGAUCUAUUGCCUGUUGAGGUUAAAGAACAGCGUGUCAGUAACUUGCUUCAAGCCACAAUGGUUGGAGGAUGUGUUGCUGCCAUGCCUUUCCUCAAGAUGAUUCCAACCUCAGUUCUAUGGGGAUACUUUGCCUUUAUGGCAAUUGAAAGUUUACCCGGUAACCAGUUCUGGGAGAGGAUAUUAUUACUAUUCACCGCUCCUAGCAGAAGAUACAAAGUUCUCGAGGAGUACCAUGCCACCUUUGUGGAAACUGUGCCGUUCAAGACAAUUGCAUUAUUUACAAUAUUCCAAACAACAUACUUGCUUAUUUGUUUCGGGAUCACAUGGGUUCCAAUUGCAGGACUUUUAUUCCCUCUGAUGAUUAUGCUUUUGGUUCCUGUAAGACAAUACCUUCUGCCCAAGUUUUUCAAAGGGCCACACCUUCAGGAUUUAGAUGCGGCAGAGUAUGAAGAGGCACCAGCUUUACUAUUCAAUCUUGCUACAGAGGCAGAUUUAGGUGCUGGAGCUUCUUUUGCGGAGGAUGGAGAAAUUUUAGAUGAGAUGGUUACUAGAAGCCGUGGUGAGAUUAGGCGUAUAUGCAGUCCCAAGGUCACAAGUUCCACUGCAACACCAACAAAAGAUCCCAAAAUCCUCCAGAGCCCACGUUUAUCAGAGAAAGCAUACAGCCCUCGACUAAGUGAACUAAGAGGGGAGCAAAGUCCUCGGACUGGUGGAAGAGGCCUUCUUAGCCCAAAAACUGGAGACCCAAAACCAUCUAAGCUGGGAAUGAGUCCUCAUAACUAGACUUAAAAUUAGUGAGAGAUAACUGACUUUGCUCUUUUUUAUUUGCUUUUAAGUUUGAGAUGGCUUGUAUGUUGUAACAUUGUGAUUUCUUUUGUCUAGUUGUUUUGGUUGGCCUUGAUGUAAAAUCUUACUUCCUAAUUGUAAUGCAUUGUUUUCUUGUAAAAAAAAUGCCAUAGCCGAUAUUGUUCUUUUCAGUUUUCAGAGUAAUGUUUCAUUACUGCUUCUUGUAAAUGCUAAGAUGUUGCCUUUGCAAAGUGGA